AUGACUAUAUCACCCGAGUCGACUACUGAUGUACUCAUCAUUGGUGCCGGGCCAUCUGGCCUCAUGGCUGCCUUAUGGAUGGCGCGGUGCGGCGUGAAAACACGGAUCAUCGAUGCCCGCAGUGCAAAGGUCUUUAGGGGCCAUGCUGAUGGAAUGCAGACCGGAACGUUGGAUAUCUUUGACUCAUUUGGCAUUGUGGACGACCUCUACAAGACCGCUGCUCCUGCAGUCGAGAUGACGUUCUGGGCUGGCACCAAAGAUAUUCCCAUUAAGCGCAUUGGUCGCUUUCCGAAAUGGUCUCCAGAAAUCGGCCACCACCGUCUGGUCCACAUCAGUCAAGGUGACACAGAGCGUGCUUUACUGGAUGGCAUGAAGGCCUUUGGCGGACUCGAAGUCGAACGAGGCGUCACAGUGACUGAUCUUGAGAUUGACAAAUCGAGUAUACUUGAUCCCCAUGCCCAUGCGAUCAAGGUGACGGUCAGACACCUUACGGAAGAGGAACUGACUGCGUCCGCGGCAAACGAAACUAUUCCCCAGCCAGGUGAUUUCAAUUAUAACCCGGCAGACGAGCCUUAUCUUAAGCGCAAAGCCAGCGGAAAAGAAGGCAGCACCGAAGUCAUCAGGGCCAAGUUUGUGAUCGGGGCCGAUGGAAGCCGAAGCUGGACUCGCCACGCUUUGGGAUUUGACUUUCUUGGAGAUGAUGAGGACCGGGAUGAGGGAUUUGGAGGAAUCUUGGACUGCAUUGCGACUUCAAACUUCCCGGACAUUCAUAUUCAGACCAUGAUAUCCAAGGACGGGAGAGGAGGUGGAUUCGUACCCCGAGAGAACGGAUUGGUGCGCAUUGCAGCCCCCAUCAAGAGCAGGGCAGAUGCGACUCCAGAAGUCAUCAUCCAGUCGAUCAAGGAAAUCAUCCACCCCUACGAGCUCAAUGUCAGCCAUGUCGAUUGGUGCGGAGUAUUCGGCACCCGCCAGCGAAUCUCAAGUUCCCCCUCCAAGGACUCCCGCGUCUUUCUCACCGGCGACGCACUGCAUGUCCAUUCGCCAAGAGCCGGUAUUGGCAUGAACUUUAGUAUACAAGACGCUUACAACUUGGGUUGGAAGAUUGCCCAUGUUGUAAAGGGCGUUUCUCCACUGUCCAUUCUCAAGACCUACGACGAAGAGCGCGGGCUGACGACCAAGCAACUCAUCGCUUUUGAUAAGGCUCUGUCGAAGCAGUCGAAUCUGACAGGAGGGUUUUCGGUUAAAGGAACCAGUGACGGUCUACGGGAAAAUCUUGGAUUUUCGAGCACUACCGCGAUCGAGUACGAAGCUGGAUUAUUGGUCGCCAAGGCAGGUGGCUCGAUUGUCUCUAAGCAGCACCUGGCUACUGGAAUUCCUGUCGGCAGACGUCUACCCUCACACGUUGUGGAAAGACAUGCCAACGGAGAAGCUGUUGAUUUUGGCAAAUCCUUCCCGAGCGAUGGUCGGUACCGCGUCGUCAUCUUCGCCGGCGAUGUGUCCAAGCCUGAGCAGCUACGCCGAGUAGAGCGCUUCAGCCAGCUGCUAGAGCUCCCUGAUGCUUUUUUCCAGCGCGUCCAAGGGGAUGCCGUCUCGCCUCGUGACGAGUUCGAAAUCCUUGUCUUGCAUAGUGCGAGCAGGGAUGAUGUCGAGAUCUCUGACUUGCCACCGUUCCUGUUCAAACAAGGUGAUCCUUACCAUCAGGUCUUUGUCGAUAAUAAUGAGAUAAGGCCUUGGACUCUGGGUGAAGCGUAUAACAAGUAUGGAGUGAGUCGGGAAACAGGUUGUAUUGUACUAGUCCGGCCCGAUAGGCAUGUCAUGUACAUUGGCGAGCUGGAAGAUGGUGCUGAGAUGAUCAAACUAUUGGUCUCAGUAUUUGUUUAA